AUGGAUCCAGACAGUGACCCAGACCCUCAUGGAUUUAUUGAAAAGUUUUUUCAAGCCCAAAAAGACCUAAAAAGGGCACUUUUCAUGGUUGGAGAAAUAGGAGGAAAUGAAUUUAAUUAUGGUUUAUUGCAGGGUAAACCAAUAGAAGAGUUGAGAGCUAUGGUCCCUGAAGUUGUUCUGAUCAUUAUCAAUGCUGUUAAAACGGUCAUUGAUUUUGGAGCUGUCCGAAUUGUUAUUCCUGUAAAUUUCCCAAUUGGAUGUAUACCAAAUUUGUUAACAACGUGUUUUACUACUAAUUCAACUGCCUACAAUGAGUACCAUUGCUUGAAAGAUUUAAAUAACUUAGCAAUCUUCUACAAUGAUCAUUUGCAAAAAGCCAUUCAAGAGCUGGAGAAGGACUAUCCAAAAAUUAUACUCAUUUAUGGUGACUAUUAUAAUGCUUAUCAAUGGCUUCUACAAAAUACCACAAGUCUUGGAUUUGAUAAAAGUUCCCUGCAUAAAGCUUGUCGUGGAAUAAGAGGAGAUUAUAAUUAUGACAAAAGUAGAAUAUGUGGAACUCCAGGAGUGACAAGACGUGGUAACCCUGGUACUUACAUAAGUUGGGAUGGAAUUCAUUUGACACAAGCAACAUAUAAAUGGUUGACAAAAUGGCCUGGCUUGAAGUAAUUAGAUUUGGGUCACCCAUAUGGGUCAACCCAGAUCCAUAUAAAUAUAA